GGGUUGCCUUCAGGAUUCGGUCCGCUAACCGGAGGCAAUUCUCGAUCGGGGGAGCGAGGGUUUGAGGAAGACCGGAGGGAAGCGGCCCUUGUCGACCCGUCCGCCAUGGUGCCCUUGGCGUCCGCAUCGUCUUCGGAUUCUUCGUAUUCAUCCUCCUCCUCCUCCUCUUCUCUCCGGGAUCGACGCCGCCGCCGCCGCCGUGAGGGCAGAGACGCCCUUAGGGUUCGCAAAGAUCACCGGUCUCGGGGGAAGCGGAGGAGGAGACACCGAUCUCCCAGCGACUCCUCUUCUUCAUACAUCGAUAGUUACAGCAGCAGUGAGAGCUCUUCUGAUAGUGGAUACGAGGCAUCAAAUCGUCCGAGGAAGCACAAGCAUGAUGAAAGAUCAAAGAAGACCAAGGAUAAAGACCGAAGCAAGAGGCACAAACAGCACAAACAGAAGCGUAAAGAGAAGCUGCAGCCUGAGCGGUGCAGCAGUCCUGUCCAGCUUUCAAAGUUUCUUGGUCGUGACAAAGAGGAUGGCGUUCGACGCAGUGCCGUGUCUGGCAAAAAGAUUAUGCUGAAGGUUGAGAAAACAAAGGAAGACAAGCUGGCAGAAAACAACCGCAAUGAGUUGCUGAAGUUUCUGAAUGCUAGCUAUGAUUGAUUAGUGGGGAUGGUGGCAUCGUAAUAUGCAAUAUUGAGUGUUGAAAUAUACUGUUAUGAAACUUAGUUUCUGCAUAUGAUUCAUUACAACCUACAAACUUCUUCAGAAAGUGUAUGCAUGUUCUGUUUUCUUUCUUAUUUGUUGAACGUUAAAUCUUAUUUUAUGUUGCAUCUGCCUUUUAUGAAUUUUUCGUGUGU